AUCCACAUGUCCAAUUUAAUACAAUUGUCGGCUAGUCUAUCCAGCAAUUCUUAUGAUUCGUGUUCCAUGUACAAAGACUCGUCAUUACUUUUUUCCCAACAGAAGAGUUGAAAAACAGGUGUUCAUAUUACUGCAAACUUGUCAUAGCUGCUGCCUAUGAAUACAACCAGCAGUCCUGAAAUCAUCAGCCAUGGUCAAAUCAAGACACAAAACUCAAAUUCCCAAGAAGGGUACCUGAAAAACAAGAAUCAAAACACAACCCAUGUCUCCAACUGUUCCAGGGUUUUCAAUUUUCUUCUUUGCAAGACAAAACCCAAAUCAUCAAGUACACCUGAAGUUGAUCAUGGUCCUGCUACAGAUAUUUCCACUUCAGAAGAUACUUCGUCAAGAUUUAGUAGCAGAAACAAAUUUGUUGAUUCCCCUGAAAUUAUGAAGGCCUUGAGUGAGAAUCUUAAAAGGGUUGAAUUUACCAUCGAAGAUAUUUUCAAGGGGACAGGAAAUUUCUCAACAGCAAACAAAAUCGGAGAAGGGGGAUUUGGUACUGUCUACAAAGCUAAGCUAAAAGAUGGAUCUUUUGUCGCAGUAAAGCGGACCAAGAAAAAAGAUUUGAAUGAUAGAACAUCGCCAACAGAGUUCAGAAAUGAAAUCCUAGCCCUAUCAAAGAUCGAACAUUUUAAUUUGGUCAAGUUUUUUGGUUUUCUGGAGCAGAGGGAUGAACAUCUCAUAAUAGUUGAAUAUGUUGGGAACGGAACACUACGAGAACAUUUGGAUGGAAUAUGUGGGAAAGGUCUUGAAAUUGCAGAACGUCUGGACAUUGCAAUUGAUGUUGCUCAUGCAGUAACGUAUCUGCACAAUUAUACAGAUCCUCCAAUUAUUCAUCGAGACAUAAAAGCAUCAAACAUCCUCAUCACAGAUAAGCUUCGGGCUAAAGUAGCAGAUUUUGGAGUUGCACGAUUAGCUCCCCAUGAUCUAGAAGCAACUCACAUUUCUACAGAAGUCAGAGGAACAGCAGGGUACUUGGAUCCUGAAUACCUGAUGACAUAUCAACUUACGGAAAAAAGUGAUGUUUAUUCCUUUGGGGUAGUGCUCAUUGAGCUGAUAACAGGAAGACAACCAAUAGAACAAAAGAGACCUGUCAAUGAGAGGCUUACCAUAAAAUGGGCUUUAAAGAAAUUAAAAGACGGAGAUGCUAUAAUGGCGAUGGAUCCAAGACUUCGACGGAAUCCAGCAUCUAUUUUGGUGGUGGAGAAGGUUCUAAAAUUAGCUCACAACUGCCUUGCACCUUCGAGGCAAACAAGGCCUGUAAUGCAGAAAUGUGCCGAAAUAUUAUGGAGAAUCAGAAAAGAAUACAAUGAAAAAAGUCUUAAUACUGCCGCUCUACCUAUUGCCAAUUCUGCAAAUGUAGUCCAGGGGGAUGCUAGGAAGAAUCGACAUACUUAUUUUGGAAUCGAAGAUAGUGAAAGCUAUAGGUUUCGUUCUGCUUGACUUGCCAAAGCAUGGAGUUUGUAAUUAUUUUUGCUUUCAAUACAUGUCUAUAUACCACAUAUCUUUCAGUUUUGAGGACCAGAUCCCUAAUUUUUGAUUCAUUCUUUUUGGCUGGAAUGUAUUUUUCGGAUGUACCUAUUAUCCAAAGAUGUUCUAAAUUGCAUCUCUGCGAGUGUAUAUGACAUGUAGAAUAUGCAUGAAUGUUGUGUGAUUGUUCAUUGCA